AUGCCCAAGGAGCGGCCGCUGUGGCGGGGCGCGGCUUUCCGUCUUUGCGUGCUCUCGGCCGCGCUGCUGCUGUGCCUGCAGCUGGCCGUCCGGCGUUCGUGGUGCCCGGAGGAGAGACCCCGGCUGCCCGCCGUUGCGGCGUCGGGGCGGGCGGUCCCUCAGCCCCGCGGCACGGCGGCGGCCUCGGGGCGACGGCGGGUGACCUACGUGCGGAGCGGGCGGCGGGGCGGCCGGCCGGGCAGGAAGACUGCAAGGUGGCACAUUGAACUGCAGCCAUGGGCAAGUCCAACUCCUUCCUUGAACUAUGAAGCUUUGAGGUUCCUGAAGUACAUUAGCACUUCUCAAAUUUCAUGUGAGCACAUGAACCUGAGCAGCCUGAGGGGCAACUCUGAAGCCAUGAAGAGGCCCUGGUCAGUCUGCCUUGAUGAGAGGUUUAGCCUCAUCCACCGGCUCAGAAACAAGCAGUGCCGUCUCUAUUCCCUGGGACUGGGCAGUGACGACAACCAGUUUGAGAUCAGCAUGGCUAACAGUGGAUGCGAGGUGCAUCGCUUCGACCCCAGCAUAAGGUCAGCACACAUCCAGGAAGGUCAGCACCUCUGGUAUCAUCGCCUGUCCGUUGAUUGGAGGGAUCCCAACCCAGCCAUUGCUGCACACAAACUUCACAGCAACACAAAGAAGCUGGGCACGAUAUUGAAUGAAUUUGGACAUCAGAAGAUUGAUGUCCUCAAGGCAGAUGUGGAGAGCGCGGAGUGGAAAAUUUUGGAAAACCUGAUCUUGGAGGAUGUUGUUGAGCAAAUAGGGCAGCUGGUGUUUGAGGUGCACAUCCACUGGCCUGGUUUUGAGGUCAGCGGCAAUGACAGCACUGUGGUGCGGUACUGGUACAGUCUGCUCCGAGAGCUGGAGCUGAAGGACUUCAGGCUUUUCCAUACCUACAAAGACUUAUCAAAACCACAGAUGCUUCUGAAAAAGGAAGCCUUCAACGCCAGUAGCUGUUACACGCUGAGCUGGGUGAAUACAAGAUGGAAAUAGCAGAAAGGAAUCUACGACGUGCGACUGUGAGCCAUCUGUCCCGUAACAUUAUUGAAGAGGACCUGAGAGUCACUGGCUGAAGUUGCCAAAUAAGCAUACAGCGAAUUGCUGGUGGAAUGGGCUGGCAUUUGUUUUUAAACACUGUCAAAAGAGCUGAAAGUGGAACCUGGUCUUUUUGGCUUGUUUUUAGUUCAGGUGAAGUUCCACAGUGACUUGUCUAGCACUGCACCUGGCUGCCUCCUGGCUCCUUCCCACUGAGCUCCCUGGCCCUGCCUCUCUCCCUGCCAGGGGCACCCGGAUGCUUGCAGAGGUAGUGGUUCUGGUCUUGGGGACAUGGGGACAUGUCGUGCUCUGCAUGUGGGCUCUGAGCACUGGCAUGCAAGAUUGAUGCAGGGUGCUCCCAACAACCUGGCUCAGCCAUUCCCUUAGAAGCUAAGCAAUGAGAGGGAGCUAAAAAGUAUGUAGCAGGUGGUUUAUUGUUAUUUUAAUUAAUAAUUUUGACAUUAAACUUUGCAUUGAAAUACAAGAUCA